AUGGCUCCAAUCAAAGAUAGUUUGAUUGACCUCGAAAGACAUCGCAUUCUUCUACAGGACAAAAUUCUGGAGCUCCGGAAGGCUUUGCAGCACUGGCAAACGUGGGAUGCUGAGUAUGAAGGGCUGAAGGAAGAGGUCACAGCAGCGGGUCCGUCGCCAGACGAUCUUGAGCGCAUCCAAACCGGCUUCGACGGAGAACUGGUAAAGCAAAAGGAAAUCGGAGAGAUUUUCGGCUUGACGGGCCAGAAGUCAAAGGAGCAGAUCAUCAAUGUUCUAGAACGGCGAAUAGAUUAUGUGACAAAGAACAUUGAAACGCUUCACAAGCAGCUUCAGGCGGCUGAGAAUAAGUACGCUGCUGCAUCGAUCAUCAGUCAGCCAGAUGCUCGGGAUGAAGAAGGCCAGCCCAUCACCGAGAUUGUCGAAGAACUAGAUGAGGACGACAAUGUCAUCUCGUUCAAAUUGAACAGGCCUGGUGAAGGGGUACCGCACAUCGAAGAAGCCUUAAAGAAGGCUGGCAUCAAAGAUCUUGUUAAGGAUCUUGCUGCGGUGAAGAAGGAUGCGAAGGAGGACACCGGACGGGCGAGCACUCAGGCCCAAAUAUCACAGCAAGAGGUUCCUUCACAGGUACAGCCAAAGGAAAAUCAUGCCGCAGAGCCCAAACGAAAAGACGAACCAGCCCCCAAGAAACAAAUCAAAAAGAAGGUAUCCUUCGCAGAAACUCACGAUGAUGUCGAAGAGGUCGAGCCGACUGUAUCCAGGAUGGCUGCCCGGGUGGAAAACAUUAUGGAUGCAGCUAAAGGCCAAGAUGCUAUUCUAAAGGAGAAGCCAGUAAUACCUGCCAACGAGUCGCCAGAGGAUGCUGCCUUACGAGAGGAAAUGCUACGAUAUAGUAUGGGCGAAAUCGGGGCCGUUGUUGCUGAGCUCGAAAUUGAGGAGAACCAGACCAGUGACUACGAAGAGGAAGAUUACGAGUUUGAGUACAGCGAUGCUGACUUGGACGAAGACGAAGAUUAUGACCACGAAGACAAAUACGGAAGGUUUACCGGCAGCAUCGUCACAGAUGAUUACCGUCAACGCAUGCUCGAACUAGAGAAAAAGUUGGGCGUCAAGUCCCGAUUCACAGCUAAGAUGGAGGCCGAAGAAGCUCAGGAGACUAGAGUCCAGGAAGUCGAGGGCGAAAGCUCAGACGAUGAAGGCAUCGGUCGCAUUGUGGUGACUCGUGGGGAGGAUGUACCUUCUUCAGUUCAGCCGAGCACCGAUCAAACCGAGGUCAAACCCAAGAAAAAAGGUGUUCGCUUUGCUGAGAAUCUGGACAUUGCCCCUGAGAAACCCCCAAAGACCACAGACGCAGCUCCUACAACAGAAAAGGAAGCUAUCGUUGAGCCACUAUCGGACAUUGUUGUUGAACGGUCUGGCUCCUCAAAACCGACGGAGGCUACGUCAAACCGCAAGCCUUCGCGUUUUAAGAAAACCAUGAAUAGUGCCCCCGAAGCUGGAGCUUUGCCGAAAGGCCCUCUGGAUGUGUCACCGGUAUUUCUGGAUCAGGACAGACCAACAGCUCCAACUGGACCAGAGGGGAAGACCAUUGCUGAACAGCUCGUGGAGCGGGAAACCACACCAGGUGUGGUGCCGGCUGACGAUGACCUGACUGAUAUUACCCUCCACCAGGAAAUUGCCGCGGAACACCACCGGCUGAGAAGAAAAUUCAUUCAGCGAGAAGGUGGGUUCCUAGAGGAGAAAGAAUCUCCAACUCAACCAGUAGAUGAAACGGAAGGAGGAGUAGGAAAGCGACCAAGUCGUUUCAAAGCCGCGAGAUUAUCCAAGCAAUAA